UCUGGAAUGCCAAAGAAAGCGUUCUUGCAGGACUCCCAGAGUUCAUCAAGACUCUUUGUGUUCAUCUUUAACGCCUCCUCCUUCAUCUUACCCCAGAUGUGCUUAAUAAUAUUCAUAUCUGGUGAUUGGGCUGGCCAAUCCUUGAGCACCUUGACCUGCUUUCAGGAGCUUUGAUGUGGAGGCUGAAGUAUGAGGAGCGCUAUCCUGCUGGAGAAUUCACCCUCUCCUGUGGUUUGUAAUGUAACGGGCAGCACAAAUGUCUUGAUACCUCAGGCUGUUGAUGUUGAUCAUCCACUCUGCAGAUCUCUCUCACGCCCCCAUACUGAAUAUAACCCCAAACCAUGAUUUCUCCUUCACCAAACUUGACUGAUUUCUAUGAGAAUCUUGGUCCAUGCUGGUUUUCCAAAUGAUCAACUAGAAGUCAAGUUAUUAUGUGUUGAUCUUACAACCGGAAUAGACUUUAUCAGGUAGUGUACAUUGUCAUACUUAAUGAGUGGCAUAAAAUAAUAUAGUGUUUUGCCGAAAAGUGUGCAAUAUAUGUUGCAGAACAUUGAUUAUAUAUCGUGACAGGCCUAAUUGUAAGUCGUAACUUUGUGGGCAACGUUGCAAUUAGUCUUUGUUACACUGAAUGUUCUCAGAGGAUCAGGUUUGGUUCACACCCCCGCUCUCCACAUCUCACAUAUUAUUGGUUCAGAUAACACGCCUGUUAUUAUAUCAGUCCAGUUUCAGUCACAUUCCCUAACAAGUUGAAACGCGUCGCCAGUUCAUCUGACAGCUCCGAAGUGAACACUGACAGAUUGCCGAGGGCAAGAAUUUCUGAAACCCCCCCAAAUCUGCUCUAUUGUAUCAUCUGUAGAUGCAGAUGUAUGUGUUUUUGAUCACAUUGUGUUGGUUUUGAUGGCUUAUCAUCACCAGUCGUCAUAGAAAUUCUCUCCAUCUAUUCGCGUUGCUCAAUCCGUCCCUCCCUCCCUCACGAGGUUUCAUAUUUCUGUUUCUUGCUUUCUCUUUUCCUCAUUAUUCCUGUAUAUCUUGAGUUUGGAGCCUGCGUUUGUACACAUGGCAUGUGAAGACUCUUACACCAUCCUCAUCCUCCCGCUGCAGAACAGCCUGUACAGCCCUGAUGCUCUGCACAGCUUCUACUGGUUAAAGAGACGCAGGGAUCUGGAAAGAGAGAAGGACGUCCUGUGGGCUGGACUGGAGGUCGUGGAGCAAACACAGCUAUGGUACCAGACUCGCCUGCAGCUCAAUUCACAAAGACACCUAAGCUUCAGCACAGAAAACUUGGACAGACAGGGCAGGUGGUCCUGCGCUCUGCGCUCGUGUCUGCAGCGUGUGAAUGGUAGUUUGGGCAGUCUGAUGACGGACUCCUCUAUCUGGAAUAACCCCGAGGAGAAUGGAGGCUCAGACUGGGACGUCCGCUGGAGCAAUGCCACACUGGUCAAGGAAGUUAAUCAGCGGAAUCAGCAGAUUUCCAUGUUGGAGCUGGAGAAAGCACAUCUUCUCUGGCAGCUGUCGACGUACAGGGCACCUGACUGAUCCCAGACCUGUUAAAUCAACCACUUUAAAUGCAAAAGGGUUUCACUGAAAUCAAGCUGUGAAGUUUUUAAAGGCGUAGUUCACCAAAAAAACUAAGUGAAAACCAUCAUUUACUCACCCGUUUCUUCUUUCAGGCCUUUAUGAGAUUCUGUUGAACACAGGAGAAGAUCUUUUGAAGUAUGUUGGAAACUAUUGACUGCCAGAGUAUAUAGUUUUACCACAGAAGCCAAAUGGUUCCAGGUUUUCAGCUUUCUUCAGGAUAUCUGCUUUUGUCUUUAAGGGAAGAAAGAAACUCGGGAAGGAUUAUAACCACUUGAGGAAGAGUAAACAGUAGUUUUUUUUAUUUUGGACGAGCUGUCCCUUUAACAAAGCUUUAAAAAAUGAAUGUUAACACUGAUUUAAGCUGCGCCACACAGUCUCUGUAUUUUAUUUAAUAAACAUGUACA